CAGAUCCCAGGCAGGGGAGCAGCAAUGUUUUCAUGCCUGACGAUCUGCGCUAGUCACUCUGCCAUGGCGCCCGUUAUGUCGCUGAUUAAGGAGGGGACAUCUUAGCAUCGCGUUUUAAUUCGCUUUGGUGGACAUCGGACGGCACAUUUUCCUAAUUCUGGUUUGAAUUCAGCUUGGUUUCACCGUGACGCGGCCAUGACCGUGGAGCAGAAUGUCCUCCAGCAGCACUCUCAGAAGCACCAGCAGACUCUUUUAAACCAGUUGAGGGAGGUCACGGGCACCACAGACAUCCAGCUGCUCCAGCAGGCCCUGCAGGUGAGCAAUGGGGACCUGGCUGAGGCUGUGGCCUUCCUGACGGAGAAGAAUGCCAAGGUCCCUCAGCAAGAUGAGGCCACCUACUACCAGACCUCCCAGGUGGCCAACGACAGAUACAUCAGCGUGGGCAGCCAGGCAGACACGAACGUGAUUGACCUGACUGGGGACGACAAAGAUGACCUGCAGAGGGCCAUCGCCCUCAGCUUGGAGGAGUCCAACCGGGCUUUCAGGGAGACAGGAAUCACUGAUGAGGAGCAGGCCAUAAGCAGAGUUCUGGAGGCCAGCAUAGCGGAGAACAAGGCGAGUCUGAAGCGCACCCACACAGAAGUAUGGAGCGAUUCGCCCAACCCACACGACAGGAAGAGGAUGGACAACUGUCCCGUGGGGCUGAAGAACGUCGGCAAUACCUGCUGGUUCAGCGCAGUCAUUCAGUCUCUGUUCAACUUGCUGGAAUUCCAGAGGCUGGUGCUCCACUACUCUCCCCCAGCAAGGGUCCAGGAUCUGCCCCGCAACCAGAAGGAGCACAGGAACCUCCCCUUUAUGCAGGAGCUGAGGAACCUCUUCUCCCUCAUGGUGGGGUCCAAGAGGAAGUACGUGGAUCCAUCACGCGCUGUGGAGAUCCUCAAAGAUGCCUUCAAGUCCAGCGAGUCACAGCAGCAGGAUGUGAGCGAGUUCACCCACAAGCUACUGGACUGGCUGGAGGACGCCUUCCAGAUGAAGGCCGAGGAAGACAGGGAGGGUGAGAAGCCAAAGAACCCCAUGGUGGAGCUUUUCUAUGGACGCUUCCUGGCUGUGGGUGUCUUGGAAGGUAAAAAGUUUGAGAACACAGAGAUGUUCGGGCAGUACCCCCUGCAGGUGAACGGCUUCAAGGACCUCCAUGAGUGUCUCGAAGCAGCGAUGAUUGAGGGCGAGAUCGAGUCCCUGCACUCAGCAGAGAACUCAGCCAGGUCUGGACAGGAGCAUUGGUUCACAGAACUCCCUCCUGUAUUGACCUUUGAACUGUCCAGAUUUGAGUUCAACCAAGCACUCGGACGUCCCGAGAAGAUCCAUAACAAGUUGGAGUUCCCCUCCAUGCUCUAUAUGGACAGGUACAUGGACAGGAACAGGGACAUCACCAGGAUCAAGAGGGAGGAGAUCAGGAGGCUAAAAGAGCAUCUGACGCUGCUCCAACAGCGACUUGAGAGGUAUCUGAGUUAUGGCUCAGGCCCCAAGAGGUUUCCUCUGGCAGAUGUCCUCCAGUAUGCCAUGGAGUUUGCCUCCAGUAAGCCAGUGUGUACCUCCCCUGUGGAGGACAUUGACACAUCAGCGCCCCCCGGUGGUACAACAGGGCCACCACUCCCUCCACCAAGCACAGCCGAACAGGGCUCCUUGGUCCCCCCAGAUGGCUCGGCCACGGCCGCGGGCCCCGCCACGGCCCCGACUGCAGCCCAGCAGCAGAGAGUACCCAUUCAUAAGCCCUUUACCCAGUCCCGGCUGCCUCCUGAUCUGCCCAUGCACCCUGCCCCGCGCCACAUCACUGAAGAGGAGCUGAGGGUGCUUGAGGGCUGCCUGCAUCGAUGGAGGAGCGAGGUGGAGAAUGACACCCGCGAUCUACAGGGCAGUAUAUCCAGAAUCCACAGAACAAUUGAGAUGAUGUACUCUGACAAGUCUAUGAUGCAGGUUCCAUACAGGCUUCAUGCUGUGCUGGUCCACGAAGGUCAGGCCAAUGCAGGCCACUACUGGGCCUACAUCUACGACCCGCACCAGCGGCGCUGGAUGAAGUACAAUGACAUCUCUGUCACCAAAUCGUCCUGGGAGGAGCUGGUCAGGGACUCAUUUGGAGGGUACCGCAAUGCCAGCGCCUACUGCCUCAUGUACAUCAAUGACAAGAAGCCUUUUCUCAUAGAAGGUAAACAGGAGUUUGAUAAAGAGACGGGUCAAAUGCUCAGUGGCUUGGACAAACUGCCCCCAGACCUGAAGCAGUACGUCAAGGAGGACAACGAGCUUUUCGAUAAGGAAAUAGAGGAGUGGGACGCCCUGCAGGCCCGCAAGGCCCAGCAGGAGAAGUUGGCCCUGGCUACAGCGGCCGCCUCCACCCUGGCAGCGUCCAGCGCCUCCACCUCCUCUUCCUCCCCUCAGCCCAUGAGCAUUGAGUCCAGCCCUCCAGACAACACAGUGCCCCAGCAAGACCCAGAGUACAUGGAGCAGCCGUCACCCACGAAUGACUCCAAGCACCUGCAGGAGGACAUGGAGAGGGCCAUCUCCAAGGCUGCUGCUGAGCAGGAAGAGAGAAGCCCCGAGGCGCUACUUAAUGCUUCUCCUUCCCUCCCCCUUUCCCCCCAGCCCAAGGUCCAGGUGAACGCCCCUUCCACCCCUCCUCCUGACCUCGUCACGGAGGAUGAGUCGCCUGGCCAGCGCACAGUAGAGGUGGCCAUCCCUCACGUGGGAACCUUUGUCAUUGAGUCAGAAGAAGGGGGGUAUGAUGACGAGGCGAUGAUGACCCCAAACAUGCAGGGUAUAAUUAUGGCCAUUGGCAAAUCCAGCAGCGUAUAUGAAAAGAGUGGGCCUGAGGCGGCCUUCUUUAAGGCCAUAAAGGUGGAGUACACUCGUCUUCUGAGAUUCGCCCAGGAGGACACGCCUCCAGAGAAGGACUACCGGCUGCAGCACAUCAUCGUCUACUUCAUCCAAAACCAGGCACCCAAGAAGAUCUUGGAGAGGACUCUGCUCACGCAGUUUGCUGACAGGAACCUGGCCUUCGAUGAAAGAUGUAAGAGCAUUAUGAAUGUGGCACGUGCCAAACUGGACCUAAUUAAGCCCGACGAGGUCAACAUGGAUGAGUAUGAGAUGUGGCAUCAGGACUACAGGAAUUUCCGUGAGACAACCAUCUUCAUGAUGAUUGGCCUGGAGCUCUUCCAGAAGAGAAAUUAUGUGGAGGCCCUGAUGUACCUGAUCUACUCAUACCAGUACAACAGGGAGCUUCUGGCCAAGGGGCUGUACAGAGGUCACGACGAGGAGCUUCUUGGUUAUUAUCGUCGGGAGUGUUUACUGAAACUAAACGAGCAAGCAGCUGCCAUGUUUGAGUCAGGGGAGGAGCCAGAGGUGACCACGGGGCUGGGCAUCAUGAACGAGUUGGUGGUGCCAUGCAUCCCUCUGCUGCUCGUCCACGAUGCUGAGAAGGACCUGCUGGCAGUGGAGGACAUGAGGAACCGCUGGUGCUCCUACCUGGGCCAAGAGAUGGAAUCAAACCUCCAGGAGAAGCUGACAGACUUCCUCCCCAAGUUGCUGGACUGCUCGACGGAGAUCAAAAGCUUCCAUGACCCUCCCAAGCUGCCCACCUACUCCACCCUGGAGUUGUGUGAACGCUUCAACCGCAUCAUGGCCACCCUCAGCAGGGCACCCACUGAGUGCAGAUGAGCCCCCCCUCCCCUCUCCUUGUAUCACAGGCCCGGCCCUGGGCACAAAUCCAUGGACGUCUCUUUAACCCAUGCCUUCCUUAUAAAUCCAGGGGUCACUUGCUUAUUGCUGUUAUUCCUCUGUUUCUCUUUUGCUGCUAUAGGUUUUAUCCUUAUAAAUAUUAUUUCACUUUUAUUUUACGCAAAACACAACAGAGGAAGGCGAAGGAGAAGAAGGACUAUUGGGAGGGUAAAAAAAGAAAUGAGGGAAGAGUUACAGAAAGCUGGAAGUUUAUGGGAAAAAAGCAAUCCUGCAGUGAUUGAAAGCCAAGCACAUUAUGCUUCAUCUUUGCAAAAAAAUUUACAAAAUUGAGGGUUUUUGUAGUUUUUUUUUUUUUUUUUUUUUUCUCUCAAUUGUUGUCGUUGCUGUUUGGUUUAAGCCCCCCUCCCUCCCAACCACCAAGAUAGCCCUUUCUUAAGCACCCUUCUCUGCGUGAAAAGGAUCACCCUGCUGCUCUGCCACCCGUUUGGUACAGUAUUAUCACGUUUUGUUUUAUUUUUCUAAGGAUGUAAGGAAAUGAGAGCCUUAAGAUUUAUCAGCGGCUCUAAGUAUCUCAAAUGGGUCUCAUGUCUUUGUGGACUGCACCAGAAUGAGACGUUUUAAGUGCUGUGGUAGACAGCCAUGGACACUCUGUGGCUUGUUAAUAAAUCUGAGAGAAUAAAAUUUUAUUUAUGGCCCUUUUAGGCCAAAUAAA